AUGUCAAGCAAUGAUCUGGAUGCGGAUCUCUACAAAGACCUCUAUGGCGUUGACGAGUCUGACGAGCAAGAGGUAAAAACAAACGACGCCACACCAGCUGACAAGGUACCUUCUGCGGUUGGAGCAGCAGCGCUUGAGCCUGCGAGUGGUACAACUCCUAUGCCUUCCAUUGGGAACACCCCACCUCCGGCGCUUCCUUCUACCAUUAAGCCUCCUUCACAAUCCACUGUGUCCACGAACGUAGCUCCAGUUCCUCCCCCAGAAGGGACUUCUUCGAUACCUGUAUUUACGGAUGAAAUAUCUGGAUCGUCCUCUAGAAAUCAGUCUUCUCAAGUUGCACAGCAGUUUGCUUCGUAUGAUCAGCCUGCUGACCAAGAUCAUGAUGGCUAUGCGGGAGGCUCUAGCGAAGGUCGCUCAAUCAGACCCUCCGAGAUGCGAGAUGAAGGGUGA